AUGUUUUGUGCAAUAUUCAUCACCAUGACACCUGGUUACCCAGGUCGAGUAGAGCUCCCACAAAACUUCGGAUCUCUGUUUCGCCCAGUGGCAAUGAUGGUGCCCGAUUAUCGAAUGAUUGCUGAAACCAUUAUGUCUUCAGCUGGAUUCAAGGCUUCCAGAUCACUCUCUGGAAAGCUGGUCAGCCUUUGUGAAUUAGCUCACAAACAGCUCUCACAAAAGGUAGAGUAUUUCAAGGUGAUUGUAUAAGAAUAAAAACAUGUAGAAAUAACCUCAGUAGUACUUA